GUUGCGCAUCAUUCCCUUCGCCGUUCACCGAUCAUCGGAGUGAUUUUUAAUCCCAUCGACGACAGCCAAGCUUUAAGAGCGGCGCAACUCCCAACGUGUUAAAGCCGCCCCUCGCUAAGCGGUGCUAGAAUCACGCUUAAGUGAGAAAAAAGGGAAAACGGCGGACAACGCAAGUUUUCUGACGGCGUGUCACCUCAGCGUCCCGUCGUACGAGCUGAAGAAACUUUUCCCCACCGGGGAGCGGAGGCAACAAGUUACACGGCGAAGGAGAGACAGCGGGAGAGAGAGAGAGCGAGAGAGAGAAAGAUUAUUACCAUGGCCCUACGGGACGAGCUUUUGAAGUCAAUAUGGCACGCAUUUACAGCCCUGGACGUGGACAAAAGCGGGAAGGUGUCCAAAUCACAGCUGAAGGUGCUGUCCCAUAAUCUAUGUACAGUGAUGAAAAUCCCACAUGACCCGGUGGCACUGGAGGAGCACUUUAAAGACGAUGACGAGGGGCCAGUGUCCAACCAAGGAUACAUGCCUUACCUGAACAAGUUCAUUCUGGACAAGGUCAAGGACAACUUCGACCGUCAGGAUUUCAACAGAAUGUGCUGGACUCUGUGCGCCAGAAAGAACCUGGACCGCAGCAACAUGUUCAUCUCAGAUGAGGAUGCCUUCAAGAUCUGGUGUAUCUUCAACUUCCUGUCCGAGGACAAGUACCCAUUGAACAUCGUCACUGAGGAGAUUGAGUACUUCCUGCGUAAACUAACAGAGGCCAUGGGUGGAAGCUGGGUGGAGGAACGCUUUGAGGACUACAAGAUAGAACUGAACACCAAGCAGCAGUGUCUGAAUGCUUGGGAACUCAUCAGCCUAGUGGGCUCAGGCCACUUCAGCAAGGGCAUGGACCGCCAGACCCUCUCCAUGGGCAUCAGUGAAGUUUACCAGGAGCUCAUCUUGGAUGUGCUCAAACAGGGCUACAUGAUGAAGAAAGGUCACAAGAGGAAGAAUUGGACAGAACGCUGGUUCCUGUUAAAGCCUUCCUCUAUCUCAUACUACGUCAGUGAGGACCUAACUGAGAAGAAAGGCGACAUCCUGCUGGAUGGAAACUGCUGUGUCGAGUCUUUACCAGACAAAGAGGGAAAGAAAUGCCUGUACUUCAUCAAGUGCUCAGACAAAAGCUUCGAAAUCAGCGCCUCAGACAAGAAGAGGAAGCAGGAGUGGAUCCAGGCCAUCCAGACGUGUGUGACCCUGCUGCGGCUGGGUCGAGCAGCACCCCACCGGGAGGCCCGUCAGAAGCGCAGGGAGCAGCGACUGAGGCAGCAGGCGGAGCAGGAGGAACUGGUGCUGAGGAUGAGGGAGCUGCAGACAGCCAAUGAAACCAAGCAGAUCGAGCUGGAGGCCAUGAGGAAGGCCCUGGAAGAGGCAGCAGCCAAUGCAGCGGAGGAAGAGCGAAGGCGUCUUCAGACCCAGACUGAACUCCAGGACCGCUACAAGACGGAAUUGGAGAGAGAGAAAAUGGUUCGACAGCAGAUGGAGGCACAGGUUGCCCAGAAGUCCAGCGAGUUGGAGCAGUACCUUCAACGGGUUCGGGAGCUGGAGGAUAUGUACCAUCAGCUAGAGGAUGCCCUGGAGGAUGAGAGGCACGCUAGGCAGGAUGAGGAGACCGUCCGUAAGCUGCAGGCACGGUUAUUGGAGGAGGAGGCAGAAAAGAGGGCAGAACUAGAGCAGAUCCACCUGCAGCAGCAGCGGGCCAUCUCUGAAACAGAGGCAGAGAAACAGGAACUGGAGAAGGAGCAUUUGGCCAAGGAGAACGCCCUGCAGGCAGCCAUGACACAGCUGGAGCAACUGGAGAAUGAGAGACAGGGGGCGCUGGAACAAUACCAGGCAGUGAUGAAGAAGCUGGAGGUUGCAGCAAACAACACCAGGACCUGGAAGCAUAAGGUGGCUCAUCAUGAGGGCCUAAUACAACUCAUUCAGCCAGGUACCAAGGGGCCUCAGAUGAUUACAAACUGGGGCCCUGCAGCCUUCUCUGAGGCAGAAUUCAACCAGAGGCAGAGGGAAUGGCAGGAGAAAAGGAAUCAGCUCACCAAGGACCAGUAGAGUCCUUGGAUCGUAAACAUGGCUCUUGCUCAGAUAUGGUUGAUUGAACAAAAGGGAAAAAAAAACAAUAACUACAGGCUUACCCUUGAAAUAUAACAGCUGUGCAGUGACUGGAUUGAUUUCUUUUCCUGUUAGUUUUAAAGUGGGAUCAGAAAUCUACAGAACCUAUGUUACUCAUAGACAUCAGCACAUGGGCCCAGUUUAUCAGAGUACUUUUAAAUGUAGACUCUUAACAAUGCCAGGUUGGUAAAGGAUGUCUUGGUACUUUCUUUGGGGGGGAGGGGGGCAGAUGAUUGAACAUUGACCCAACGGCUAUCCAAUAUUUGUUCACCCAGUUGAAUCUCUACCGGUUCGUGUGUAAGUGUGCAGCGUAUAGUGCAUUCAGUGGAUGUAUCUCAGUUGACAUCGCCAUUCACUACAGAUACAUACAAGCCUUUUAGGUAUUUGUGGGGAACAACCAAUAUAAUAGCUAUUAUAUUAUUAUGCCGGUGUCUCUUUCUGACAUUACAAAGUUUUAAUUUCUCACCAUAUUAAAGCCUGUUGACAGCAUAGAUGGCCAGUUAGCUAAAAGCUAAGCCAUUUUAUAUCCCAAUGAGCGGAACACGACACUAAAUUAAUCAUUGAAUAAAGAUAAAAUACCUGGUUUUGGCAGAAAUCAUUGAGCAAGGGGAACGUGUCGACCACUCUAGUGUUUUUUUCUCAUUAUUUUGUUUCAUUUAACCCCAACUCACUGUGUAUGAUUGUGUGUUUGUAUGCAUUUGUGUGUGUCUGUGCUGUGCAUCCCUGUCGAUAGCAGUGUGAGAGAUAAUGUGAUUGAGAAACAAGGGAGCAGGCAAAGAGCAAUGUAAAACCAUUGAAGAGAAAAGCCAAUUUUAAAAUGAAAUUGUCACUGCGUUAAGGAAUAGUCGUGUCCACGGUGUCAUAGGGAUCUCAAGCAGUGGACACUGAGCAGGUGGUGUUGAGCAUCCUGUGCGCAUGUUUCCACUCCAACCCAACACAUAUUUCACUAACGAGCACUCCUUCAACCACAGAGAGGGGAAGUGAGUAGCUGGGACAUUUUUUGGUCAGAAUGAGAAGCUGAAUAAUCCUGGUUAGAGACCACUAGUCUGAGGACCAGUAGCAGGCAUGAACUACUGAAACUCUUACUGUUCAAAUACUUGCACUACCGUGUCACCUUUUUUUUUUAACUCUAUGGAAAUGUUUUCAGAGUACAAUAGAAGGGAGCUGUGUAAAUAUUUUAACCCUUGUUACCAAGUUUAUUUUUGGGAGGUCACCACCAAUGGGCAAAUAGCACAAUUAACAGCUUGGCUUAAUGAAAGACUUUAACAUUCAGACUCUAAAGUUCUAACAGAACUCUGGUCCCAUUCAGAUGGCAAUUCUAAACUGAUCACUGAACAGCAGUAUAAUUAACGGCAUGCUAUUUUACUUAGAUCAACUUGCUCCUUAUCCCUAUAUUGAAUUCUAUAAAGUUUAACCUGUACCAAUGGGAAAAAAACUCAACCUGAACGUUAGUCGUGCCUUCCUUUAAGCACUUAUAGAAAAGUAAUGUGUUGUGCAUGUCUCAUUCAAAACAGCAAUGCUAACUGCAAAGUGUUUGUGCUGUGCUGCCUUGCAGCAACCAUUAGUGCCUUUGAUACUGUCAUCAUUUGUGAACACUGUGGUUUCAGAGUCGUUUUUAUAUGUGUGUAUAUAGCUGAAGACUGAAGUAUGAAAUAAAACAUAU